AGUCUAUUAUAUAUUGUGCCUUCGUAUCAGUUGCUACAUUCCCCACACACAGCAGCAGCCAGGAAUACACUAAGCAUAGCCACCGCCCCACCUAUCACAUACGGCUCGAACUCUACAGAGAAACUGCUGAAAAGAAACAAAGGGAACAAACAUGGAGAAACUGGCUUCUACUGGCACCCAGUUUUCAUUUGAGUUAUUCAGGGAGAUAAAUGAAAGCAAUCAGGGAAAUGUCUUCUUCUCGCCUUUCAGUAUAUCAGCAGCAUUGGGUAUGGUGGUGUUGGGUGCAAAAGGUAAAACUGCUGAGCAAAUCUCUAAGACCAUGCACGUUGAUGAUAAUAAGGAUUUCCAACAAAAUUUCCAAAGCCUUAGUGCUAAAAUUAACAAGAAAGCAGAUUCUUCAUACGUUCUGAAUCUGGCCAACCGACUGUUCGGAGAGAAGACCUCAAGCGUCCUUCCUGAGUUUAUAUCUUCUAUCCAAAGUUUGUACAAAGCAGACUUAGGAAUUGUUGAUUUCAUGUCUUCUCCAAACGCUGCCCGAAAAGAAAUAAACUCCUGGGUGUCAGAAGAGACUAAAGGAAAAAUUCCUGAGCUGCUGGCUGAGGGAUCAGUGGACGAAACUACCAAGUUGGUGUUGGCAAAUGCCAUUUACUUUAAAGGUGACUGGGCCGAGAAAUUCAACCCUAAAGAGACCACAGAAAAGCCAUUCAAUUUAAAUAAGAAUGAACAGAAGAUGGUAAAAAUGAUGUAUCAGAUGAAAAAAUUCCCCUUCGCUUACAUCCCCGAUAUCAACUGUCGAAUCUUGGAGCUUCCAUAUGCUGGAAAAGAUAUUAGUAUGAUUAUCAUGUUGCCAGAUACAAUUGACGAUGACACCACUGGACUACAGAAGCUUGAAAAUGAACUGACUGUAGAAAAGUUUCAAGAAUGGACAAAAUCAGAGAAUAUGAGUUUAAUUGAUGUUCAUGUUCAUCUACCAAAGUUCAAGCUGGAGGACACGUACAAGCUCAAGUCUAAGCUGACUAGUAUGGGAAUAGUGGAUCUCUUUAAUCCAGGAUGUGCAGAUCUAUCUGGUAUAUCUGGAUCAAGCAACCUGUUUUUAUCAGACUUUGUUCACAAGUCCUUUGUAGAGGUGAAUGAAGAGGGCACAGAAGCAGCAGCAGCCACUGCAGGAAUUGCGAUGGUUUGCAUGUUGAUGGAAGAAGAAUUUAAUGCUAACCAUCCAUUUCUAUUCUUAAUUCGCAACAACACAACAAAGAGCAUUCUUUUCCUAGGCAGAUUUGUAUCCCCAUAGAAAUAAACAUUCCCUUUUAGUUAAUGAUGUAAUUAUGACACAGCCUCAUCUAUCAUCAAUCUUAAUAAAUACCUUCAUGUCUACGAAAGCA